UGACAUGGAGAUCAAACGGCGGAAUUCGCCUGCUUCUACAGAGUGAGACUGCGAAUUGCUUGCACAACAUCGACCGGGACUGGAACUUUUUCCAUCCAACGCUCCACUUCAUUGAUUCCAUCGCGAGUUUGAAAUGCAGUAAAGGGUCUGAACUCAGCUUAAACGUUAAUGGCGAUUUGUAAUGGAACUUUCUCAUGAUGGAUAUUUGCAAUGGAGAAUGUUAGAGUAAGUAAAUUAUUUUAGUAAUAGAUAGCCUGCAGUUAUAGCUGAAGCCUAUGUUGUUCAUCCGUUAAUGAUCUGCUAUAAUUUUCUGUAGUAGCUUUGUUAUGGACAAAUAAGCGGGAAGCAUUUUUUUCUGUUUGAUAAAGUACUAAGUGAGUACUUUGCAUGGGGAGCCAACUAGUGCCUAAAUCGUCAAGUGAAAUUACGCACAAUCUAAAAGCAAAAGGAUUCUCCGUCUGUGGUUCGCCGUAGGGUAGAUCAGUCUGUCGCCAUGAGUUUAGUUGGAGGUUUUCCCCACCACCCGGUGAUGCAUCAUGACGGUUAUUCCUUCGCUGCAGCAGCAGCUGCCAGUCGCUGUCACGAAGAAAGCCCCUAUUUCCAUGGGUGGCUUAUUAGCCAUUCGGAGAUGUCUCCUCCAGACUACUCAAUGGCACCCUCGUACAGUCCCGAUUACUCAACCGGAGCCCCCGGGCUCGACCACUCGCACUACGGAGGAGUUCCGGGGGCUGGCGCCGAUGGAAUGGGACCUCGCACGGUGAAACGUAGACCCACGGCAAACCGAAAGGAGAGGCGCAGGACUCAGAGCAUCAACAGUGCCUUCGCAGAACUAAGGGAAUGCAUUCCCAAUGUGCCCGCGGAUACGAAGCUGUCCAAAAUCAAAACACUUCGCUUGGCCACAAGUUACAUUGCUUACCUUAUGGACGUGCUGGACAAAGACGACCAGAACGGGGAAGCAGAGGCCUUCAAAGCGGAAUUCAAAAAGACAGACUCCAAAGAAGACCGGCGAAAGAAGGACAUGAAUGACGUAUUGAAAAGUUCAGGGAGCAGCAAUGACAAGAAAACCAAAGGGAGAACUGGUUGGCCGCAGCAUGUCUGGGCAUUGGAACUGAAACAAUGAGACUAAAGCAAAAGACAUGAAAUGAGGGCCUCUGAAGUCAUUUUCAGUUGUUCUCUAACUUUAUUUAAUGGAAUAUUUAUGUGCAAUUUCCUGCUACGGACAGUGGAUUUCUGAGGAAAAUCAUUCCAUUUUUGAAGGAGGAUACUCUCUUGGUAAGAGACUGUGUGUUGCUGUCUGACAUUGUUUGUGAAUCAAAAUGAGAUCUGCCACUAAGGAGUACGUGAAGUUCUGUCUCUUUCUGUCUUUCUAUCACUUUCAUUAUCUCUCUGUGUUUCUAUCCUUCUUUAAUUAAAAAGAAGAUUAGUCGAUGUUAUGAUAUAGUAAAUGUUUUAUUGAAUAUGUCAUGAAGUGUUAUAAUGUCAUUUUGUGGUCGUAUAGAAUGCUGGUGUCUGAAACAACUGUUGAGUCCACUUAGUGCAAUUCCGUCCAGAGACACACACCUUAAAUAAUAUUGAAGAUGUAAGCAAUGUAAUAAAUUCAAUAAACCACUGUGUUUUAAA